AAAAAAUUAGCCAACUUCUAUGAGCAAAGUAGCUACACCCCUGUACUUAUUUAUUUAUUUCUUCUUGCUAACUGCUAUGAAAAUUGGUUGUUUCACAUUAUGCUUUAAAUCAUGUUAUUUGUAAAAACUGGAUUAAUUUCCAAAGAAAAGUAGGCGGCGAGUUCAUGUGAAAUAGCUGUUGAAUUUCACCGGCCGCCGGCUGUUAUUGAAAACCCUGGGUUAUGCCCCUAGAAGCCUGGAGAAAUCCUGGGCCUACGGCUCUUUUUGACAGAACUAAUCUCAGGUACAGCUGGCAGGGUUGCCAUUAAGAGCUGGGGGCUGGAGAUUUCCCCUGGCUAAUAUGAGUGUGGCCCUCGCCUACUUUUAUUGGAAAAUAGAAGAAAAAUAGAACCAAAAGAAACGCCUAGCUGUUUGAUUCCCUGCCUACUUGUUGUAUUUACCUGGCUACUUGAAAUCUUAGUAACAACCUAGGUGGGGUUUUCCCCACAAGAGCAAGUUGUUCUACGGGAAGGUUUUUCACCCAGCUGUUGUUCCACAACCGCUAUUCGGGCAAAAUCUUUUGAUGUUAAAACUAAUGUGGCAAUUUGUCUUGAACAGGGGUGGCAGAUCGCCAGAUGCAUGUUCAUGAGUGGCUCCAAUGAUAGAGAGGCAGCUGUGCUAACUAAAGGACAUCAUCGCCACAGGAAAGAGAUCACAAGUUCAUACGUGUAAGUUGGUUUGUAAACCUUCAUUGGUAAUACUACUAGCAUAGCAAAAUAGAAUGUAACCAGUAAAUUGGGCAGGAUUUUGAUAAGGGACCUCUCCCAGUUAAAUUGGGCAUUUCCGAUGAUAUGCAGUUACUACUUUACAGGUCCAUAAUAUUAUCAGUAUCUGAAUGUGAUGUGUUUAAUGUUAUUGAAUGAUGUUGUUGUUAUUGUUAUUAUUAUUAUCGUUGUUAUGGUGAAUAUAAAUAUAAAUAACAUCUCUGUUUUUUAAGUAUUGGUUCUUAAUUGAACUGAUGAAUAGACUAAAUUUUGGGGGGAAGCAUGCCCCAAGAUAAAGACCUCCUUGAAAAGGGGUACUUAUGGGCCCCUUGUCGAUACAGUUGUUUACAGUCUCUGUUUUAACCAUCUGGCUACUUGAAACCUCUGACUUUAGACAGUUUUAUCCUGUUGCUUAUGUAGAUUUUUUUUUUUUAUUCCAGGUCAUGUUGUAUGCCACAAACGGACUACGGACUGGAUCAAGUCUCCAAGAUUUAGGAUUUCGAGGUUAUCUUCAGUACUUUAGUUUACUUUGUAAUCCAGCUCUUGAGUGAACCAGAUAAAUAAAAUGUGGCUGGCUUGUUCAAAAGACAAUACACUAAUCUUAUCCAGGACAUUACAUUAAAAUGCAUUUAAAUGCAUUUUAAGGGAGUUAACAAUAGAGGAUAUCUUUAAGAGGUUGGGUUGUGUGCACGCACCCAGUAGUUGACUACAUCAUUCACAUGAAUCAGGGUGUAUGAAAUUUCCUUUGGCAACCUUUUUUUUGCCACAAGAUGCAUUGAUACAAUUUUGAAAUUGAAAAUAAAGUAAAAAAUAAAAGGCAAGAAUUUCAACUUCUGAUUAUUCUUUGUGUGUAAUCAAAGUCAAAACCAUUUUUAUAUUGUUAUGCAGAAGUUGGUUUCAAAAACAAAUAAUGUUUGCUUAAAAAUUCCAAAAGUAAGUUUUUGAACAAAAUCUAGACUAUCAACUCAGAACAGUUAACUGAUGAAUCAGAGCGGUUAAUCGAUAGAUAGUGAUUGGAUCUAUUUGUUGUCAGAACAUUUGAUGGGUAAAUGCAUUUGUUGAAAUUGACUAGACCCUAAAAACAGUCUGUGUUGAAAGCUCAAGAAACAAUCCAAUUCGCUGUCUACACAAAAUAAAGGAAAACUCUCCAAAACGCUUAAUUGUUUGCAACUUGACAACUAAGCAUAAUUUGAACAACUUAGGGGGAUGGCACUCAACCUACAACCCAUUGCAGGUGUUGAAUAAACACUGCUUUCAUCGUAAAUUAUACUAUGAAAAUGCAGAUAAAAAUUCAAUUUUAUAAGCCUAGUUUAUGGUGUGUCUAAAAAUUUGGCUUGAAAAUUAAUCAUGCCAAAUAAAUUUAGCAUUUUAUUCCUGGAUAAGCAUUAGUUUGCUUUUGAUUAGUUGUGCCACAGUUAUGUUAUAGAUAUGAGCUAAGUUCUGCUAGUUACAGCAGUUUUACAUCACCUUCAUGUGCAAAAUUGCAUUGCAAAGUCAUUGUCAAAGAACUACAUUGUCAAUGACUGAAUUAUUUGGCAACCUUUUAAUUUAAGUUCACAAUCAUUGUGUCAGCAGCAUUGAAGUUUCGUAUUAUUAUUCGGUCAUUGACAAGUCAUUUUCUCGUUCAAAGAACCUUAUGCACACUACAUUGCUCUUAAAAAGUUUUGAAAAAGGAUAACAACAGAAAGUCAUGAAUUAAGUCUAGAGUGUUGCUGAAAAGACAAUCUCCAACUCAACAACGCCAAAAUUUUGGCGCAAAAAUGGUCAAACCUAGCACUUUUUCAAACGACAACUUUGUUAAAAUAUUAAAAUGGGCUGAUAUCUAAAAUAUCAUUGAUAAUUUUGCAAAAUUUGAAAUUUGAAAAAUACUUAAAAUUUCAAAUUUUGUUAGCACUGUGGUUAGAACUUUGAUCAAAGUUCUCAUGAUUUUCACAUGGAGGAUAAAAAGAUGUAAAACUGACUGUAGGUACGAUCAGACAUGCAAUCUACAUUAUGGCUUAUACAGCUAGCAUCAGUAACUGACAGUCUGCUGAUUGAUGACCUGAUUAGCUUGUUGACUGAUUGACCGACUGAUUGACUGGCUGGCUGACCGACUGACUGACUGACUGACAGGUUGACUAACUGGCUGACUGACUGACUGACUAAUGGCCUGACUGGUUGAAUAACUGACUGACUGACUGACUGACUGACUAAUGGACUGACAGGUUGACUAACUGGCUGACUGACUGACUGACUGGUUGACUAACUGGCUGACUGACUGACUGACUAAUGGACUGACUGGUUGACUAACUGGCUGACUGACUGACUAACUAAUGGACUGACUGGUUGAAUAACUGACUGACUGACUGACUAAUGGACUGACUGGUUGAAUAACUGGCUGACUGACUGACUAAUGGACUGACUGGUUGAAUAACUGGCUGACUGACUGACUAAUGGACUGACUGGUUGACUAACUGGCUGACUGACUGACUGACUAAUGGACUGACUGGUUGAAUAACUGACUGACUGACUGACUAAUGGACUGACAGGUUGACUAACUGGCUGACUGACUGACUGACUAAUGGACUGACUGGUUGACUAACUGGCUGACUGACUGACUGACUAAUGGACUGACUGGUUGACUAACUGGCUGACUGACUGACUGACUAAUGGACUGACUGGUUGACUAACUGGCUGACUGACUGACUGACUAAUGGACUGACAGGUUGACUAACUGGCUGACUGACUGACUAAUGGACUGACUGGUUGACUAACUGGCUGACUGACUGACUGACUAAUGGACUGACUGGUUGACUUACUGGCUGACUGACUGACUGACUAAUGGACUGACUGGUUGAAUAACUGACUGACUGACUAACUGGUUGACUGACUGAUGGACAGACUGACAGACUGCCAGACUGACUGGGUUCACCCCUUUGAAAAAAACCAAUAUGAUGUCUAUGUAAAAUCCUUAUUUUUAUAGUUUAGAAGGGCUUGUUUUCUUCCUCAAUAAUCAUCAAAAUGUUAUUUCCAGGCCCAUUUUGUCUAGAAACAAACAAAGAUAAAAUUUAAAUUUUUUGACCAAAAUCAUGGGUUAACCCCUUUGAAAAAAUCCCACUAAGGCAGGUAUGUAAAAUCCAUUUUUUAUAGUCUAGGAGGGCUUGUUUUCUACCUCAGUGAUCAUCAAAACAUUAUUUCCAGGCCAUUUUGUGCAAAACAAAAGAUAAAAUUUCCAUUUUUUGACCAAAACCAUGGAGUCUUGAAAGGCUUGUUUUCUAACUAGAUGGUUAUCAAAUAUUAUUUCAUAGCUUAUUUAUCCAAAAAACAUACAUAGAGGAAAUUUCCAAUUUUUCACCAAAAUCAUGGCUUACCCUAUGAAAGAUACCCAAUAUGGCGACCAUUUAAAAUCGAUAUAUUUAUAGCCUAAGAGGGUUUUCUUUCUCAUAGAUGAUCAAUUUUCCUCGUUACUUCUUGACUGCAUGACCGGGAUAUUGACGUAUUGACUGAAAAAUUUAGUGAUUUAUUGACUUUGACUUGAUUUACGACUGAAUUAAUGACUUGUCUUUACUGUAUAUAGUCUUGGUGGAUUGCAUGUCUGUGCUAGUUUGUUUCUUGGUUUAUUUACUGUGAACUUUAAGAUGAAUCUCAGACCUUCCUUGCAUUGCCCAAACUGCAAAGGGAGUGGGUACUUGCUUUCGGCGCCAUGAUCUAUGGGAUCGUUUGAGUCACAAUCAAUAACUUUUGAAGCUGGAAGGGUGGUUGGAAUAAGAGAACAACAAUUUAAGGUAUUGGUUUCGCACGCCAGAAAUCACUUAGUAAACGAACUGAGAGAAUUAGCAAGGAGAGGAGUAAAAAAGGUUCACAGUAUCAUGAAAAAAGGUCUUGGGUAACGCUUUGUGUAAUUUCAGACUUACUUUAUCAAUGAUUUGUUUAUGUCGCGAAAUGCGCCACAAAUGAGUGCGUUAUGAAUUCUUUUAUUUCCAGUUUCCUGCAAAAUCGUAGUCUUCUUUGCAUUUGUCUUCGAGAUCGUCACGCAAGACGUUUGUCUCUACGUGACGACCCCGACAGCCACUUAAGGAAGACUGCACCAUUUUAUUUCAUAAGAAUUAGACACAGUCAAGAUAUUUUUUUUUGUCUAUUUAUUUUCUGAAAAUCACUUAUUUGUGGCGUACUUUGCGUCGGCAUGCAAAGUAUUUUUUAAAGAUAAGUCUGAUUUUUAUCAUAAAGAUUUGUCAAGAGUUUAUCAAAAGCAGAACUUAGCUCUCUCUUGAUUUAAACCAGCUAGUUCUUUAUGCUCAAAAUACAAGUGAUGGUGCGAGUUUGAGAAAGACCUUAAGGUGUUUCGAUACAGUUUUUCGGAGACCAUAGCGAUAUUUUUCAUUUGCUUUAGUGCAAAUAUUCUCAUGUUUUACAUUCAAAAGAUGAAUUGUACUAGUCAUGAAUGUAUGGCUGUCCGCAUUAAUUUGAAAAAUUUAGCAUAGCUUCGAAACAGUGAAUGUUGUAAAGCAGAUUUUUGGCCGGUUCGUAGGCUAAGUUUGUCUUGAAAUUUCAAGGUGUUAUAGUGAAUCAAUCUUAAUGAAAGCUUCAAACAUUAUUAUGCACAUCAUGAAGAUUAUUUGAUGAGGCUUGAAAAGAAUUCUGUCCAGCCGUUCUAGAAAUAUCCAGAAAAGCGCUAAAAAUCAAAAUUUAGAAUAAAGUUGCACUUAGACCGGUGGUAAGAUAACAGCUUAGUUUUCAGGAUCGUAUGAAAGAAAAUACACCAAAAUUUCCAAGCAGCGAAAUAUGAUAUAGAGCAGCAUUCUGACGCUACGUAGGAUUAAUUUGAGUCAUUAAGAACUUUGUUAUUAUCACAGCUAUUCACUCUAAAAUCAGUCAGUGGUGAAAACCUCAAAGCGAUCAGACAAGGAUAAAAUCACUUUUUAACACGAAUGAAAGAUAUCGGUAUGGUCUCCCGAAAAACUUUAUCGAAACACCUUAAAAUGUUGCUUAUCAGCAAAAUUAUAAGAAUUUGCGUGAGCGAAAGUUCUCUUAAUAGGGUUGCCAAGUCCUUUUUUGUUUUUCCAAGUUCGCAUCGACACUUGUACUUUGUUGCUGAAGAACUUAUGGUUUUCUCAAACGUAAAGGCUCGGAUACAGUGAAACAUUGCGCGCAGUAAAUUUACGUCGUUUUUUAGCGCUGAGAUUGUUGCUUGCGAUGUGUAGAGAAUGUUUAAAUCAAUUAAUCCUUAACAACAUUGAAUGCAACAAUCGCUUGGUUGGAAAACGGUGUAAGUUAAAGAUUAGUUUAUACUAGCGACAUAGACGCAAGCAAAACCGGUACAACUGAGUUCAGUGAGACCGUCAACAACAAAAGGAUAAGCAGAAACAUGGGAAGAAGAAACACUCAUUCUUUUCUUAAUCAUCACUAAUUCACAAAGUUAAAGAGCAAGCGUAAGAUGAAUAAAACGGACCCGUUUGAUUUUCUUGUACUUGUGCUUUAACUGCGUUUAUUACUGGUGAGAAGAGAAAGAAUAAGUGCGUAUUUUCUCCUGUGUUUGUGUUUAUUCUUGUGCUGUUACGUCCGCACUUAACUUGUGCUUGUGUUUAUGUCACUGGUGUAAACCAAUCUUUACUGCGCGCGAUGUUUUACUGUGUCCGGGCCUUUGGGGCGUUUAUCUGGUUCACUCAAGUAGUUGGAUUACAAAGUAAACAGCACGGGUACUGAAGAUAACAAUACUUUAUUGAAGAAAUAAAACUUGUCUCUGUUGUCCAUUUAUUUACAAUAAAAAAAAUAUAAAAAAAAGUAAUCUAGCCUCCCUCGCCCCUGCCGAGCUGCUUCCACUCUGCUCCGAGUCGGUGUUCAUUCUUCUGUCCUCAUUUAAUAUUCCAACUUUAAAAUCCUGGUCUGUUUUAUCUGAUCCCUUCAUUCAAGCUGGGGGUAGUUGGACACUUAGAAAAUUCAGCCGUUUGUUCCCAAGUGGGGUGGGCAGCGUAAAGGAAAGUGAGAGUUUGCUCCUCAUGUCCUCAGGGUCUCAUCCAACCUUGUCACAAUACCACACCAAAUUAAUUUGGAAUUAAAAUUAGCCAAUAUAAUUUGUGUGAAAAUUUUUUCGAAGUUGCGUGUCUACAAAAUCAAUACAUCGUAAAUGUCCAAGAGCCGUAGACAAGAAAAACAAGGGCACUACCAGAGUGAGCUCAGUACUCAGUGCGCUUCCGUCGGCAAACGAAGGCAAGAAUUGAACACAGAAUCCCGCUUGUCUAACCAAACCUACAUUCCUCAAACUUCAUCAAAGAGCACAAGUCAAAAAGAAUCUUUCGUUUGAGAGCUUCCGAUACUGGACUUCUUUUGUCCUAGUAUUAUAUGUUUAGUGUUUAGACCUAAAUCAUAAGCAAUUUGGUCGUCUUUUUCUUUUUGUGCUAUUCUUAUUGUCAUUCUAAGAUUUCGAAAUUUCUAAAAGCAAUUAAACAAAACAUUUUGAAGCAAGGUUUACGCGUUACUGAUUCAGUGCCGCAUAAAUCUUGCUUCAAGAUGUUUUGAUUAAUUCAAAAUUAACCUGCUCUUAUGAUUAAAGGCUGCAGUUAUGAAAAAUCCGCGCCACUUCGGCGUUCGAAAAGGGUUUAUUUUUCCUAAGGAAAAUUACCGCGAGAGAAUUGAAAACCUACUUAGUUACUGCUUCUAAGAAAAAUUUUGUUUUUAUUUAUGUAGCUUGCCGUGAUGUUUUUCUGCAUAAUAAUUGAAUUACCCAAAGAUUCAGUGCCGCAGAAAUUGCGCUCCUAUAUGUUUUGUUUAAUUUAAACCUUCCCUAAUGACAAAAAUUUGCCGGUUAUUUUAAAUCAGUUAGUUUUCGAAAAAAAGGUUUAUUCUUUUCUUUGAGAAAAUUAGCUUUGAAGAAUUACAAACCUAAAAAUGGUUAAUUUUUUUGGGAAAAAUUGGAUUCGAUUUUGAGUCUUUAUUUAUUCAGCUUGCCGUGAUGUUUUCCCGCAUAAUAAUUUAAUAAAACAAAUCCUAAUUCCCUCGAGAUUUUUAGCUUUUGUCACGAUGGUCACGCCAACCGACUUCAACAGCCUUGCAUGACGACCGUGACAACAGCUCCUUAAAAUGCGUGGUAACAUCGAAGCAGCCGCUUAAAAUGAAAUGGUCGUGACUGAAAUGGACACUUCAAAUCGGGAUUCCGAUAAAGGACGGGAAAUGGCCAAAUAUUUUUUGUAAGGCUGAAACAAAAAGAAUCUGGUUUUAGUCCUUUUCCGGAAACCUAAUUUUGAAAAUAUCAAUUGAAGUCACCACCAAGAAGGAAAUCUUCAAAAGUAAGAGUUCAAUUUCUAUGAUGCUGGGUUCAGGAAACUGUUUAGGUCAAAAUUGCCUGAUUUAUCACACAAACCAUAGAAAUCUAUUCUAUGUCCCUCUUAACAACAAGGAAAUAGAACAAACUACCACGGCUGUCUGACUAAUCAAGCUAAUUGACCUGUCCUUAUUGUUUUUCCCUAACGGUUUAACACCUAAAAAAUCGAUUUCUUUUUUAUCAAAGAAAAAAUUAACUUAGGCGAACAUCAACAGCAACAUUUGCUUGCUUGUUGUUUUCAGUAGACUAAAAACAACAGGCAAUAAAAUGGAUGUUGAUGCAACCUAAUUUAGUUCUGAUUUUUUUUAAAUAUUUAGAGUAAAGAUGUUAGACCUAUACACGAGCGAUGUUUUGUUUAGAUGGUUUAAUGAUUCGAAAGCUAUAAGGAAUUAUUGCAUUUUUGGGGAAAAAAAUGAAAAUUAAGAGCAAAACAGGUUUUUAUGCGAAUUCUAUUUUGUUAAAUGUUUUGGAAAGCUAUCUAUAUAUAGUACUCGAGUUUUAGGUUUAGAAAAGAAAUCCAUAACCAGUUGCCCUCAUUAGAGAGAUUCUUAGAGACUAUCAGCUCAAUUUGAUGCAAUUUGUGAAAAUAUAGGUAAGUCAAACCAGUGCAAUUCAGUGUCCAGUCCUUGCCAACGAGUACCUCCUUCCACACACCUUUCCUUAAGCUUUCGAGCACAAUGCUAGCACCCCCGAAAAUCAAAUCCAAGACGGAUAAACAUUCCCAGAUAUAUUGUUUGCAGACAAGCUCCUUCUUGGGUCGAAAUGCGUUUUAAUUUGAAAAAAGGUGUGGUAUCAUAACAAAGUGAAUGAAACCCUAAAAGCAUGAAAAGCAAACUCUCACCUUCCUUCACGUUGUCCUCCCCACUUGGGAACAAACGGCCAAAUCUUCCAAGUGCCAAACUGCCCCCAGCAAGAAUUCCAGAAUCAGAUAAAGUUUCCCAGGAUUUCUCCAUUGGAAUAUCUCAGAGGACAUCAGAAAUACACCUUCUCAGAGACAGAGCUUCCACAGCCCAGCAGGGGCGAGGUUGGCUAGAUUAAACAUGACCUUGCCCAAGUGAUGGGCUCCUAAUCUCGUGAGUGUGCCACCUGAGAUCUGAAAUUAAUAAGAAGCUAAAAUUUUAAGUAGAAAAUGCAAGCCCAUUAGCACUUUAAAGACAUAAUAGCCCUGUAUUACUUGGUGUUACAAUAAAAUUCAGAAAAAGAGAAAGAGUUAGUAAUAACCCUAGUUUUUUACUAUUUUUUUAUAACGGCACAUUACUACCUGCAAAUAGCCAAAUGCUAACCUCCUGAGGAGCAAAAACCUAGAGUGAAAAAAAAAACAAACGAACAAACUGACAACUGAUAUUUAUGAAGGAACUUUUGUAACACCAAGAAAUAUAGACAUGCGUAUUAUAAAAUAAUAAUCUGAACAUAAUUAAACAGAAUGUGAUGGUAACCAAUAGUCUGCAGUGUUUGAAAGUGAUUCCAAAAGUUCUCUGUGUUUUCCAAUGAAAAAAAAAACAAUUGCAAAGCAGCAACUGUGUAAGUUGUGGAUUCAAUGCUCAUUAGUGUUUCUUAAAUUUGGUCUAGAGAUAAAAUGAAAGUUUGCGAUCUAUAAACAGACCAGUGAUCACCUUAACUAACACUAACCUUAAUACUGACACCGAGUUGACACCUAACAAGUGAUUGUAUUACUGUAAGUUAACUUGACUUGCAAUUUUGCUUCUACUUUUUUGAUUUGUGGUUGUUUUGUUCCUAAAAACAAACUUUUCAUCAGCAACAAGAACUUAUGUCUUGAGUGCCAAAACAUAGAUUUGAUAUAAUGAACUACAACCUCUUAAAGCUUUUAUGGUCCAUAUAUAAAGUUGCUCGAAAAAUGUAUUCAAAUUGAGUUUUUUCACUGGCUAUGAAUGAUUUGUGCUAGUGAAGGUUUAAUAAAUGCUAGUUGACGGCUGGUUAAAGGACCUAAGUGUGCUAAUGAGCUUGCUGUUUGUUUGUGUAAAUAAUAUAGGAUUAUAAUGCACCAUUAAUGUUUUACAAUGGCUUCACUUGACUACAAUACUACCGACCAGAGUUCCUAUUAAGUCCCCUUAAGUUUCAAAUUUAUAGAUGUAGUUAAAAUCCCAAAGAAAUUUAAAAUUAAAAAAAAAACAAAAGCCUUAAAAACCCUUGAAUAACUAAAGAAUCCUGGUAGUUUGCAGUUGUAUGAAGCAAUUGUAACAAUGGUCUAAUGGUAAAUAAUAAUAAUAAUAAUAAUAAUAAUAAUAAUGAUAAAUAAUUAUAAGCAAGGGAAGCAUUAUUACCAAUCACGUCCCACCCAAUUGUUACAAUUUUGAAGGCAAACAAUUUGAAAGUUAAAAUAAAAUAUGAUUCCCUCAAUAUUCUUUCCAGGAUAUCUGCAGGCUGAAUCCUGCUAAUAAUGGAAGAACUGUGACAUUAACUAAAUCUUUUGCAUUUCAGUGCUAAGUUUUGAUAUUUCUUUAUCCCUGAGCAAAAUCACUAAACCUUGAGACCAUAGAAAAUAAUCGACCAUUUCAUUGAAUUUUAUGACAUUUCAGUUUUUGACUGCUUCCUUUGCUUAUAAAUCUGGAACAACACAGUGCAGUGCUAAGAUCAAGAUGCCUAAAUCCGGAAGAACCUGAAUCUGAAACUGCUCUUUCCCAGAUUACUUGUCCGUUUAAAUAAACAAAAUUGUUGCUCUUAAUGUUAAGAGGGCAGAAAAUGGCCACCCUUCUGCAAAAUUUGGCAGCAAGGUGUUGAUCUCCAUACACUGUCAGUACUAACUAUUUCUAAUAAUUUAUAUUUAAUUAUUAAUUUUAUUAUUAAUGAUAAGAUAAUAUGUUCCGACUUAGCAUACCUAAUGAUAUUAAACAAGAUUCCAAUGAGCAGUUAUAAACACCAGGUUACCAGUUUUCAGCAGCAAAGGAAACUAUAGCUUGAAAAAACAGCUGACACGUUGCCUCAUCACCACUGGUUUCGCAAUAAAAUGACGUCUGAGGAAAGAGCACAGAAAUUCCAUACCGAUGACCUGUCACUUCUCAGAUCUGAGAAGUGCUUCUGAUUGGCUGAAGCAAAUUUCCCUUUUUGCAGGACCAAUCAGAUGCACUACCCAGAUCUAGGUAGUGACACAUCAUCAGAAUGAAAUAAAAAUUGCUAUACUUGUACUGCGGGGAAACCAGUGGUGAUAUAGCAAAAUGUUGGCUGUUUUCUCAGUCUAAGGAAUCCAUUCCAAGUCUCCAGUUUAAAUGAAAGCAGCCCGAUUUGUUUAAAUCUUUUAAAAUUGCCCUAGCUAUAAAUAAAAUUGACAAAUCUUAUGAGCAAAAUAUGGUAGCCUCAAAUGCUGGAAAACUUGGUAACCUUGAUGUAUUGAAGUAAUAUAAGGUCAUCAUUUUAGACUAUGAUAACAUUAUUAUUGUCUUAGCAUGUGUCCUGGAGACCUUUACCUUAAUUCAACCCAAAAUACCACUACCUGAUUUUCACUUCCCUACCUUAAUUAUUUUAGACCUGACAAUCUUUCAUUAAGAGUCAAAUGAUGAAAUAACAUAUCCUAUCCAUGCCCCUGGUUCUAGAAAGCACAAAAUCUUACUCUAUUUUCUUGAAAAUAGUCACUAAUAUUUUGAACAAGAGCUUGGAGAGACAAGGGCCUGUAAAUUCUGUCUGACUCAAAGCAGACACAGGUAUCUGGCUACUUCUCUUUUCUUAUUGCAACUUGAAUUUUUGAGAAAUUCCCUGAAAAUCUUUUCUUUUUUAGUGUUUUAUACUCCUGUUGUUCAGGAAUUGCAUAACACCUUUGUCUAUCAUUAGCCAUAAUAACAAAGCAAAGUUUGAAAAAGCAAACAUUAUGACAUCACAACUCGAAUUGUGACCUGACUCUUGUUACAAAUGAGCAAUAUGGCACUGGGUUCCUGGAUGUAGUGAUCUAAAUGAUUCUAUGAGUGUGUAAUUUCCCCGUAAAAUCCUCCCACAGACCUACACCCUCCUACUAAAAUCUCCAGGGGAAGGAAAUAUAUUUCAGAAAAUAAACAUGACAUCUAAUAUAAGCCAUUUGCUGACUUAUUAAAUUCAUCUAUGAUAUAUGAGCUUGGGUACUGGGGUCUAGAAAACUGAUCGCAGAAAUGUUUAGCUAUCAAGGAAGGCAAAGGAGGUAACCAUAGCAACCUCACAAGUGCCCUCCCCCCCUUAAUUGUCAAACUGAUUUACUGGUCAAAAUAAUGAAGCAAAAACCUGUGCUUGAAAUGUGACCUAAACUUUUCUCAACUUUGCAAGAUUGUUUGACCCCCGCUGCAGUCAUAAGCUAAUACUAAGAUGCUGUGAUAAACAAAACCACUGCUCAAUGGAAUCUUGUGAUGGAAGCUUAAAACUUUAUCUAAAAGUGGUUGUACAAACACGUCUCUAUAUAGGAAUGACUUGCCAAUUAAAGAUCAAAACUUUAUAUUCCUUAAAUAGAAGUUAUUUAUCCAAUGAAUUCUUAAUUACUCCCGAAAGUAAACAAAUAUGCUGGUAAAUUAUUGUCAUUUCCCAACGGCCUCUGUUUGUACAAUGGUGGCACACACACUGGAAUUUUAUUACUACACAAUCAAUGAAUUACCUCCAAUUUGUCACAUGACUGAAAAACGUCUAUAAAUAUAAGAGAUUUUGGAAAUUUUUACCUAACCUACAAAAGACUCCUAAAAUUUAUUUUCCCUGAUGAACUUAGCCAAACAAAAUUUUUAGACAUCUCAGUCUACUUUCUAGGAACCUCUUAAAAUGCUUAAAUAUGAUUUCUUAAGUUUCCACUGUUUCCCAGACCCCAGAGAACAUAUCAAUCCUUGCAAAGAUUUUGGAAAUGUGAAAAGGUUUGAACCUAAAAAAUUGGACUCUAGACCUACAGACACACCUAUAUAUAUAAGAUGGAGGUUGUUUCAGUCAUACAACAAUUGGGUAAUUAAAUGAUUGUCUUGCAUUCUAUAUGAUCUAUAACAUUAAAGUUCUGCUCUUGUGUUUAAGGAAAUCUUGAGUGAAUGGGGGUUGUGGAACAACAGCUGGGUGAAAAACCUCCCUGUACGUCCACUAGCUCCUAGGAGGAAAACCCCAGGCCAGCUGUACCCCGCAUUCAGGCCUCCCGGGCAGGGCCAAAAAUUUUGAAUAAUUUUUAUGAUCAGGAUUUAAAAUACUACUAUAUUGUAAUUUAAAGAUAAUAAUAGUGAGAUAAUAUUAAACUAAGAUUUCUAGUCAAUUAAGCUAUCAUGCAAUACAAACCAGACGUUGCAAGACUCUCCACUCUCCUCAGCCCAACCUUGCACCAGGUGCCCAUGAUGCCUGUCAUUCCUUGCCCUUGUAGUCCAUCCUCUCCAUUAUUUACUGAAUGAGGUUCUUGUACUGGGGGCAUGUGAUGUCAUCAUCCAACCAGCUGUCUAGUUUGCCCUCUAGUCUGUCCUCUCCACUAUCCAGUUGCUUUGUACUCUAUAGGUGCAUGCCAUGUCAUCCAGUCCACUCUCUAGUUUUCCCUCUAGUCUGUCCUCUCCAUUAUCCAAUUGCCUUGUACAAGGUACACGUUAUGUCAUCCAGCCAGUUGUUUUGUUCCUUUUGAGUGUCCAACACACUUUCCUCAGUCUACCACUCUUGUAGUUGCUACCUGUUAAACAAGAAAGAGAUUUUAACAUGAAUAUUUACAUUUACAAAUGCCCAUUCUAUAAUAUAGUAAUAUUAUUAUGCUUCUAAAGAUAGAUAAAAGCUAAGUCAUUGCCAAAAGGAAAGUAGUGAAGAAUGGUAUAAUCAUAAAUUCUGCAAUACGAGUGGCUAACAUAUUCACUAUCUGUUGCUUAAGUGAUAGUGAGAAUUGUACUGGCAUUUUGAAGAAAAAUAACAAAAAAUGGCAGUUACAUCAACAAAUCAUUUUUUAGUGCAAAUGGCUCAUUGACUGACUGAAUGGUUGAUUGACUGAUGGUCUGACUGUUUAACUGAUUAACUGGCUGGCUAACUGCUUGAAUGGUUGAUAGAUAAACUGACGGACUUGACUGACUGUUUAUUAUAAAGUAGUUGAUGGACUGUUUCAUGAGGAGUUCAAAAUUUAUGUAGAAAUGUAUGGGAUGCUAUGGCUACUUUUUUAUUGGGGGAGGGGAUCAUGAUUUUUUCCUGAUAUGACUUGUUUUUAGGGGGGCCACCAGCAAUUUCCAUUAAUAUGACUGAAGGUAAAAGGCUAGGACGAGGGGAAAAGAAAAUGAAUUACUAGAACACGAAAUGAUAGGGUGCAGAGUGAGAGGAAAGGAGAUGGCAUACUUUCACUUUUUUCAGUAUCCUUUCCUCUUCCUAUUGAGCUUUGAAAGAGAACACUAAAAUUUGUCGGCGGAAUUCUCAAUAUGAACUUGCCCACUGAAUGAAAAACACCACAAUUUUCAUCAUUCCACUGCCUUACAAGUAUUGGAUGGCGAAAGACUAUCAUCAUGUGAAGUUGAGUUGAUUGUGAAAAGCAGGCCGAUAACAAAAUCUUUGAAUGACCCUAGUGAUUGCAAAGCACUUAUACCAAAUCAUUUACUCCUCCUUUGAUCAGAACCAUGACUUUAGACCCUGGUUCAUUCAACAAAAAAGAUGCACUCCUAUAAAAGGUGGUGACAGAUUUGUCAUCUGUCUGAAGUAUUCUUGCGUCAGUGGAUUUGCAAGUACCUGCCACAAUUAAUUACAGGCUACUAGACAGAAGUGGGUGAAUCCUUCGCGGAGUUUCCUUGUUGGAUACGCAGUCUGGGUUUACAUGAAAGAUGCCCUAGAUCAUCUUGGCCCCGGGGGUGGGGUACUGCCAUAUAUGUGCUAUAUAGGUAUGUGCCACUGUGCUGGGUAUGGUUUUCAAGCAAUUUACUAUAGGAUAGGGUAUAUAAAUCAGAGCAUUUGGGUCCAAAAUAGGGUAUCAUUUUUCAGGAAACUGAUCAGUUGGUAUAGGGGGGAUUUGGGGAGUUUACUCUAGUAUAGGGUAGCAAAAUUCAGCUGAACUAGGUCUGGUAUAGGUUAAGGGUUCCAGGGUCCCAGCAGCACAUCCACACCCACAAAUUCUUGUACCCCCCCCCUGGAUUCUUGGUCUAACUGCCAAGAUUUAUGCAGGCCAUGAUUGUGGUCUCACAUCAUGAGAAGUCUUACAGUGAAAAAGGAAACUUUGUUGGCUGUGUACAUUGUACACAAGAAAGCUCUAUUGGAGUCUGUAGAAAUCUCUCAAGGACAACAGUCACUGUUGUGAAUCAAAACCAUGCAGCUUAUAGAUUAAGAACAGAAUAGUAACAGUAAUACUUUGUGGGCAAAAAAUUUCACUUUAGCACAGUUGAAAACUUUGCAUUUUUCUAGCAGGGUUAAUCCAUUAUUUUGGUCAAAAAUUUGAAGUUUCUUCUUAGUUUGUUUUUCUUAACAAUAAACCUAGUACAUGUAGAUAAUUUAUUAUACUGACUGAUGAUGUUCUAGAGAGAAAACAGGCUUUCUAGACUAUAAAAAUUACAUAAUAACAUAGUUGAAAAAAAAUUACAUUUUUCGAAGGGGUAAACCCAUGAUUUUGAUGAAAAUUUUGAAAUUUCUUUCCAGUUUGCUAUGCUUUAAAACAGCCUUAGAUGUAAUGUUUGAUGAUGUUCUAGAUAGGAAACAAUUCUUUGUGUUCAAGGUACGAGAACGCAACCCCUAAUUUCUGUUGGGUGUUCUGUGUAUUAUUGGGUGUCCUUUGCAAUUAAUAAGCGAGGUUUUUUGAGAUUGCAUUUGUGUCGACGCACUAACUCACGCGGUGAUUCAUGCGUCUUCCGUGUGCAUCUUUCAACAGUUUGCCGAGGUCUGCUAUUCUGUCUUCGUAAAGCAUUCAUCUUUUAAAAGUUUGCUGAAUCUUCGUAAAGCGUACAUAUUUCAUGCGUUUGCUGAAGGUUUGCUAUCAAUCUGUGUUUGUUGAAUCGUUAAAAUUUUACUUUGGAUCAGCGUGCAAAGAAAGUGGUGUCCGACAGCCUGGGGCUAGUGGAUUUUGCUAUUGGGCUAGUGAAUUCUGUUUUCAACUUGCCCGACGGGGAAGUGAUAUUUUUGAGGAAUUCAAAUAACAGAAGAACUGUGAGAUCAAUUCUGCUCUUCAAAAAGCUUUUGGGCUAGUUGAAAUGACGUCUGGGCUAGUAAAUGUUAGCUUCAGCUUGCCCGAAUGGCAAGCUGUAAAAAUGAUUUUCUUUUUUCUUUGCAACCUGCUUUGGAUUAUGCUUUAAUAUUUUUCGGCAGUUUCUUUGGAAAAUAUGUGCGACUCUUAGUGCAAAAACAAGCAUUUUAGCUCUAUCUUAAUUAUUCGGAAAAACUGAAAAGCCAGCACACAGUGGCGCCACUCAAGUCACUAAAAUCAACACACUCAACAGUUAUUGACAUGUGCCGCACACGCAUUCUACUGAAGGCUUUGAUGAUUCCCUUGAAAUGUGUGAAAUUGAGAUGUGUAGUGUAAGUGAACCAGUGUUCAAACAGAAUUCAUUGUGCCCUGGAGUUCACCAACCUCGUCCCCAGGGCGCUUUUCCCUGCCUUUAGAAGUGGGGUGGGAAAAGGCCUUGGCAUCGGCCAGUCACAUGACCACCAAACACCCAGGGUUGUACUAAAUCAGCAUAUGAUCACAUACGAUACACAAAAGAUCGAAGAUGGUGGGUAGAACAAAGUUUUUAUCAGUGCUUCGCCAGGUCAGAUUUUCCCUGAGUAACGCCGUAGCUUUCCAUCUCUUAAUUUUAAACCAAUUCAAGUAAAAUGUUUCGAACCUAUCCCAUACAUGCCAACCCUCCCCGAUUAUGCGGGAGUCUCCCGGAUACAACACCAAUCUCCCGGUCUCCCGUAAGGGUCGCUUUAUCUCCCGGAUAAAAUCAUCUUUUGAGCUUUUCUGUGCCUUAGUUUGAAAUUUAGCCCAUUUUUAGUUCAAAACUUGAAUUUUUCUUAUUCGUAACUGUAGUACGGUUUCUGAGGCAUUUUACACCUAUUUACUCACUGACAAAGAUUAUUUCUGGCAUCAAAAUGAUGAUCGCGAAUAUGGAUAGUAUCUACUUCAUGUAAAUCUUGAUACAAUGUCCUAAAUUUCCGGGGUUAUGGGGGCUAGUGAAAAACAGAGACUCUCCAGAUUUUAAAUCUGUAGAGGUUGGCAUCUCUGAUAUCCUGAAAGGUCAGGAUGUUAUUGGAGUCUUACCAACUGGAUCUGGCAAGUAAAUGCUAUUUCACAGCUGUACUGUUCUCACCACGAUAAAGAACAACUGAAGUUGCUCUUCUAAAAGCAACUAAGCACAAAGCCAACCCGGCAACUAAUGAGGUUCGCAUGGAGAACCAAAACCAUGGUCUUGCCUGAUGACAAAGUGGACAAAGUGGCAAUAACAAAACAGUCCAAACACUGUUAAGGUUAUUCAAAAGCUAUUACCAAGGAAGGAUAAAUGCGCUCCAGUCAAAAGACUCAUAUUAUCUUUAGAAAAACACUAAGCUGGAGUUAACUGAGUCACAAUGCAAUUCUCCAUAGUUGACGCAGCUUCAGUUUAAGCUGCACUUCAUUCUAAUAAUUUUGGACCUGUAAAUCACUAUCAGUGAUAAUUUAACAUCCUGCAGAGAAAACUAACAAGCUGGGCCCAGCAUGAUACAACAUUGCAGAAAAACAUAAUAUUCACAGACUAAAGAAAAUCGCUUAGUUAUUCAGAUCCAAAAGGCUCUUUGGAGAAAAUAAGAACCCUUAUUCAACCGUAAUAAAAAGCUUUAUGCAUCAAAAGAGAUCAAAGAAAUGUUCUUGCAUCAGAGGGCAAAUCCUGCCGACCACAAAUAAAAACCACAGUAAAUCGAUAUGUGCCCUCACCUCUCAGCGUGAAACAAGUGGCGAAAAUCACAUUUGCUCAGUGAAAAUGUAGAACCUUCCAGAGCAUAAUCUACCCAGCACAGGGAAAAAACUUUUUGGAACAAGCAGUAUUUGGCAUGAGGUAAAAGUCGUGUAGGCCUACCACCCCCUUUUAUUGCGGUUCAUCCACAUCAAAGGUUUUGGGUGGCAUAUCCUUUGAUAGACUCUUCGAUGGCAGAUGCGAAGAUGGUGAAAGUUGAAUGCAUUGCUUUACAGAAUAUUCUGAGUUUAGAUCAGACGGCAUGUUGUCUACAGAUUGAGCUCUCCAAAUAAACUGAUUCAUUUUGUCUACGAAAAUAAUGCCACUCCUACAUAACACUGAAAUUUUAUACCACAGGUUUUAGAAACGUUCGAAUACAGAUCUUUAGAUAAGCCAGCCUUGCUGGAUAUUCGAAGUAUAUAGCGACUCUCAUGGGAACCACCACCACCACGUGUGGACAUACUUUCCGCCAUUUCAAUUUUGGUAUAAUGCAUAAAUUAUUUAUUUUGUAAUGUCAUUUUAAACAAAUUGAACAACUUGCAUUUUUCCAAUGGGGUUAACCCAUCAUUUUGGUCAAAACUUUGAAGUUUCUUCCAAGUUUGUUUUUCUUAAAAAUAGGUCUAGAUAUGAUUUUUAAUGAUCUUCUAGCUACAAAACAAGGCUCUACAAACUGAAGAAAAUGUUAUUUUAUCAUAGUCUAACAAUUUGCAUUUUUCCAAAGGGGUUAUCAAAAAAAAUAUAUUUUGGUCAAAAAUUUGAAACUUUUUCCAAUUUUGUUUUUCUUUAAAAUAGACCUAGAUAUAAUGUUUGAUGAGGUUCUAGAUCGAGUAAACAUCACUUUCUACACUAUGAAAACGUCAGUAUAAAAUAAUCAAACAAUUUGAAUUUUUCCAAAGAGGAUAACACAUCAUUUUGGUCAAAAAUUUGAAAUUUCUUCUAAGUUUGUUUUUCUUUAAAAUAGGCCUUGAUAUAAUGUUUGAUGAUGUUCUUUUUAUUGUUUUAAUCCUUUGAGUAAACACUCUGCAUGGUAUUUUGUGCACAUUUGUAAACACUCUGCUCUGGUAUUUUGUGCACAUUUGUGGGAGACGGAAUGAGGGAGGCGGGGAAAUAACACCAUCCCAGAUUAUAACUGAGGGAGGUGGGGGCUUCCAAACAUCGUAAGGGAACAAAAUCUAAAAUCAUUCUAGUCCCCUGUCCCAUCUACAUAAAUAAUAUUAUGAGCCCUCCUUUAAUUGAAUGAAUGAUUAAACAAUCAAAUGAUUGAUUGAAUGAUUGACUGACUGACUGUAUGACUGUUUGAUUGACCACCUGCUAUAGCUGUGACUGACUAACAGACUGAUUAAUUACUAACAUUCAGUAAUUUUUUCAUUUGAUAGAAUAUCACUCUUUGUUUGAUGAAAUGAAUGAAUAGCUGACUGUUUCAUUAACUUGUUUUUUUUACCGUCGAGCCAGGUCAAGCAUACCCCAUAAGAUUAUUUUAAUGAAAGAUUAUUUACAAAACGGAACCAUUACACAUUACCACAACCAGUAUCAAAUUCAAAUCUGUAUUCCUGCAUGCAUAAUGGACAGUGAAUUUUUUUGUAUUUAACCCCUCUGUAUUCAGCCAGGUUGAAAAAUUUUUCUUCAUAAAUUUCUACACAAAAAAGUUUUUCUUCAUGGGCUAUGUAACAAUUUACUUAAAGAACGAUCCCUUGGGAAAAAGUUAAUUUUGUUUUGCUUGAAUUUCAACAUUUCCUGAGGCAUGAGAUUCUUAGGAAACAAAAUCAACUCAAUGUUUCCCUGGCAACCAGUCAUUAUUAUGUUUAUUGUCCUUUUGGUUGAUAGUACAUUUGCAGAUUCUUCUCAUUGGGUGAGAAGUUUAUUUGAGGGUGGUAGUUAUUACCAUAUUCUCACUUAUUUCACGAGAAUUAAAUUUUGUGAUUUUGUAAUUUAGGAAAAAUCAUGAAAUUCAAUUCACGAAUAUCAAAAUUGUGAAAUUUAUUACCAGACAUAACAUAUCGAUCCAUAAAAUAAACCGCAACUGUCUUUGUAAAUCUCACUGUUGUUUACGAUAAAAUUACUAAUUCUGUUGUUACUAUUCUGGGGUCAAAGUUACCUUUACAUAUAGAGAAUAGAAAAAUUCACACAAUUUAAUAUACAACAAAUUCUACCUUGCCCCAAAAAUUGCGAAAUUAAAUACUUGCAAAAUAUGGGACAUUAUUUUUUACGAAAUUUAAUACUCACCAAAGUAAGUGAGAAUAAGGUACUAAUAUUUUCUAUUAUUUUGCUUCUCUCUGGCAUUUUAUCAAGGGUGCAUUUAUCAAGUAAAUAUGGUAUGUCACACAUAUUACUAUAAAAAAAUCAGAAGAGUUGUUUACCUUGUCCUCAGAGCUGCCUUUCCUUGCUAAUCUCGUUCUCUGGUUGUAUUGCAGCCAUUGUGUUGCAUGUUGCCAUGUUAUCCCUCAUCAUCAAGAUUCCAGAAUACGUGACAUAGUGCAGUCAAUCCUUAAGAAAAAUCACAUUGACAAAAAAUAAGUUAACAUGUUGUUCUUUUUGAAAGUUAGAACUUGGAUAAGACAACCCUGGCAGUGAAAAAGACAAGGAAACUUUCCGGUUUAGUAAUUUAUUCAGAUGGUGCAUUUUUUAAGGGAUGUACUAAGCUAGGUAUACAAAAGGCAGAGUUCCAGCCAGAAAAUUCUGCUUAAGGGCCAAAGUGGCCCCUACAACCCAUUAUUGGGGACCAGAUAUUUCAAGAAAGGGCCAAUGUACCAGUAUCUCUCUAAUAUGCAAAAGAGAAGAAACAGUUGUCAGGUUUAUCCUUUUUUGAGACGCCAUGACCCAUGAGCUUCUGCGAUAUUACAAAAGUCAAGUCGAGGCUCAGUGGUCUCCAGACCACUCACGGUAAAUCAGCUAAACUCAAGAAGAUUUAUCGACUUUCACGUUCAUUGUUGUGUACAAAGGUACGGAGUCAUUGUUCUUUAGAUUAAAAAUUCUGUUUAAUUGGAAAAUCAUUGUGGUUGAAGUAACAGAGACCAUUUUAAGCCCAGGCAAUUAAAAAGGGAAAGGGCCAUAAUGGCCCUAGAACGUUUUUGGUGGGGACCAUCUCUCGAUCUUUUGUGGGAUUCACGCAAUGGCGCACUCUGGCUGGAACACUGUAAAAGGGUACAAUUUCUGUCCAAAAUGGUAUAUAAAAGGGUAAGGGGUUGGACCAUGGGACAUGGGACAGAGACCCCCCCCCCCCAAACCCAUCCCCCACAUCAAAUACUAUUCUAAUCUAGGGGCAGCACUGAUAAGCAGACAAUCACAGAGGCCUUGUGGGUGUCAGCUAAUUUCAGGUGGCAGGUACAAAAUGCAGAUCACAGGUCAGAUCACAAGUGCAGGCUAGAGUACAUGUUAUCAUGCUAUGGUAGGUAAAAAAUGAUAAAAGCGUCUCCUAGCCCUAACUAGAAAUAUGUUUAUUGCAACACCUUGUGAGGCUGUAAAGGGGCAGCAGUAUGAAUGAAGGGAAACAAGCUAAUAGGUAAAAAAAUGUGGUUUAAAAAAAAACAAAAACCAACUGCCUCACUUAAGUGGAAGGUGGGUACCUGAGAUACCCAGGGGCUUCCACUGUGGCCAGCCAGCCUCUAGAUAGAAUACUGCACCCAUGGCUGGCAAAUCCCCGCAACCCAGCCUUGAGCCCCCAUCCUAGGCACCCAUUGCACUGAUGAAACAGUGGAAGGAAGAAAAAUAAGGGAUGGGAGGGGGAGAGAUUGUAAAAGAACUGCUCCACAGACUGCUGCACAAAUUCUCAACAAUGAACUGACAGAUACUAGCAGUGUACAAAAGUAAAUGCGUACCAUGUGAGCCUGCACUUAUAGGAUUAACCACUGGAUGCCGGCUAAGCUUGUGGAUCGCUUGUGAACUACUUGACCACUAAGCUCAUGGACUGCUUGACUGCUAAGCUUGUGGACCACUUGACCACUAAGCUCGUGGACUGCUUAACCCCUAAACUCAUGGACCGCUUAACCACUAAGCUCAUGAGCCGCUUGACCACUAAGCUUGUGAACCGCUUGACCGCUAAGAUUGUGGACAGCUUGACUGCCAAGCUCAUAGUGGUUAUAAACUUAGUUAAAUUGGAUUUAACCAAAUCAAAACUAAAAAAAGGAAAAAAAUACCUUGGCCAAGAGUGAAACAUGGAACGGACCACUUAAAUGUUUCAAAAUGAAAAAAAAGAAAAAAUACCUUGGCCAGGAGUCAAACAGUCGAACCACCUAACUGUAAAGUCAUCUCCUAGACUCUUGUGCCAAGUCACUAAAUAUUAAUUAGGCAAGGCAAAUUGUAAAUUCUCUUUGGUAGCGUAGCAUUAAAAGAGAAUUGAUUUCUGUUUGCUAUUAUUUUAGCUCUUGACUAAUUGUGAGAUAUUUAACAAUUAUUCCUCAAGCCCAAAUGGGCCAUGAGGCCAUGAGGGCUCAAGGAAUAAUUGUUUUAGUAAAAUCCAAAUAGUUGGUCAAAAAUAUCGAGACAAAACAACUUAAAAGCAAGAGUUUAAUCCUUUUUUGCCGCCAAAACUCCGGCGCUUUUCACUUCUAGUGGGCUAUAACAUAUAGCCUAGUAGUAGCUCAACCAAUCAGAAUGCAGCAUUGAUAAUAGACCACUAGUUGGAUUUUACUAAUUUGUAUGAUUAUGACUCCAUUAUUUCUGAAUGCUAUUGUAUGUUUUAAUACAUGCAGAGUGGUAUUUGUAUUUUGGUAUAAUUAUAGGCUGUUUAGUAUGCGAGUCAUUCUCGGUUGUUACACUUCCUUUUCUGCGUGAAAGUUUUUCACUUCAAAAUAAUGACUGAACAGGAAUGUCAUCACUCUCGGGGGUCUUUCCUUGGAUACUUCUGGUGUGGCUCCGAUUUUUGACAGACAGUUCAUUCAGUCGAUUGUGGAUCAGUCACUUGCAGCGGCUUCUGAAACUUUGGUAAAGUCAGUCAAUGCAAGGUUAGAGGAGUUUAAGAGACGUUUCUCGAUAAAGCUCGUCUAACACUCCUGAAAAAGGCAAGAAAGCCAGGUAACCAGCAACAGUUCAACCAUAGUGUUAAAGUCCUUGAGAAGACUGAGGUCACACUUGAUGCUCUUGAUGUUGGUCAGGUGGAAAAAGCAAAGGAAGCUUUGAAGAAAGAUACAAGCCUGUCUGCAGUUUAAAUAUGAGGACCUUCGAAUGCUUUUAGAGAUUUUUGAGUCAGGUUUUUAUUUCUGUACUUUUAAUCUUGAAAGUGGUUACCAUCAUUGUUUCUGUGGGAACUUCAAAGCCGGAUGCAGGCAAUUGCUAUAGAGAUUUUUGAGGUUUGUAUCUCUUUUGCUAUAGCCAUGGAAAUUGAGUGGCAUCCUAGAAGCCAGAACGAUAAAGCAGAUUAUCUUAGUUGAAUCGUUGAUUUGGACGAUGGUCAUCGAGUGCAGCCUUGUUUCAAUUCAUUGACUCCAGUUGGGGUCCUCAUACAGUUGAUCACUUUGCUUCUUUUUACAAUGUACAGGUGCCUCGAUUCAAUUCGAAAUUUUGGAAUCCGGAGUCUGAGGUCGUGGAAGCUUUUACCCAAGAUUGGUCCAGGGACAACAACUGGCUUUGUCCCCCUGUGUCAUUAAUUGUUCGUGCCAUUAGGUACUUAAUUGCGUGUAAGGGGUUGGGAAGUCUUAUUAUUCCUGAAUGGCCUUCUUCUUAUUUUUGGCCUUUUUGUUGACCCUAUGAAUGGUGCUGUAAGACAUUUUUGUGAAGGAGCAUUUUGUUCUUCCUCCUUGUUUUCUGCUUUUUGACCCUCGCAGAGGUCAUGGAUUGUAUUCUAAUGGACAGGAGGUUGUAUUCAGGAUUUAGGAUUUUGGAUUUAGGAUUGUGGCUUUAAGAUUCGAUUGCACUUAGCCGGGUAGCGGCAUUAUGUAUAUGCUCUGGAUAUCUAUGUAGGAUAAGUAUCAGUUAUGCUGCUUUGUCAAAAAAGAUUUUUUCUUUUUUCCUUAGUAUAUUAUGUUGUGCUUUUUAUUGUGUGCCUAGAAUUUGAUUUUUUGGCAGCAGUUGUUGAGUCUUUUGAUUCUUUUGUUAUUUACCUAUUUCUUGUUUAUUUUGUUGUUUUUCCAUUUCAUUUCUUAUUUUAGAUGUUUUAGCUUCUGAUUUGUGGAAUUUUGGCAUUCAGGAGUUGCAGUGCAGCUCAAAUCUAACUAGUCUUGCUGAGGGUUACAGGACGUUCUGUUGGCUUCUAAGGUGCCUGCUACCUUGGACAAAUACCAUUCUGCAUGGAUGGGUUGGAAGCGAUGGGUGUCCAGAUUUCCAUGCAUUGAUGUGUUUCCUGCUAAACCUUUCCUUGUGGCCCUAUAUUUGAAGGAUCUUCUUUCUUCUGCAAGUUCUGUGGCUCCAAUUACUUCAGCAAUGUAUGGUAUCCAGUGGGCACAUCAAGUUGCUGCCCAACCCUUUCUCACUGACCCUGAUUUUGUGAAGCCUACUUUGGAGGGGUGUACAUUUCUUGGCUUAGCCGGUGAAGCUCAAUAAUCUCAUUCCGGUGGAAGUUUUUCCAAAGCUUGUAGAAGCAUAUGGUAGUCCGCUAGCCAACAUUGAUAACUUGUGCCUUCUUUUCUUAGCCUUGGUUGGCUAUGCUGGUGUCUUGCCCAUAAGUGAGCUUUUACUAGUUUAAGUUGAGGACAUUAAGUUUUUUCUGUCUCAUAUGUAUAUUUCGAUUGCAGAAAGGGAAAAUAAUCAGUAUAGGGAAGGUCAUGUUGUGAGCAUAGGUCGCACUGGGAAGCUUACUUGUCCAGUGGCUAUGACAGAGCAUUUCAUCUCUAAGGCUCAGUGCAGCAAUGAAGAUUUUCUCACAUGUAGCCUUGUACGAUGUAAGAAUGGUCUCAGGGCCAUUGCUUCAGGUAUUUCUUACACUAGAGUACUUGAGAUUUUAAGAUUAGGAAUGAAACCCAUCCUUGGCGAUGAUUUUAAUUUUGGCUCGCAUAGUUUGAGAUCAGGCGCUGCAACUGUGGCGAUGGCCAACGGCCUGGCUGGCUAUGCUAUUGAUAAGUACGCCGGAUAGUGUUAUAAAAGUUUGAAGUUCAGAUACAUGAAUGUCAUUCUUUGCCUUAUAAGUUGUUAGUCUCUCACAAUAUUGGCCUUUAAAAUGUGUUUGUUUUUUUUUUUGGAGAGCUAGCACUUAGUGUUCUUGUCUCUUACGAGUCUCUUAUUCUCCCAAGAAUCUACAAUGAUUCUCAAGAAGACAAAAAUUGAUCCACUACGACCAGCAAGCAAAGCUACAAUGCAACGCAACACUUGCAAAAGAACACACAAGGAGCACUGCAAUUCCCCGAGGGCCGCCCUGGAGAGAGCAAAGACUGCUGGCCAACUCACUCGAGUUUAACUUUCCCUAAAUGAUAUUUAGCCACAUUUAAAAUGUGUAUGUUUUAUUUUGGAGAGCUACAGUAGCUCUUAGCAUUCUUGUCUCUUGGUUCCGCUAAGUUAGUCAUUUGCGGGCCUAGUUUUGUUUUUGUCUCUGUAGCGGCCUACGACGGCACAGUAAACCAGAAAUGUCGUUAGUUGUUAUUUGUGUGUUGUUGGGAAGCCUGUUCUUAAGAACAGAAUUAUUAUGUUUAAGGCAAUUGGUCAUGAAAUUCUGCCAGUGGAUGCUGUCUGAAGCUGGUGGAGCUGUAUUUAUCAAGAAUUCGAAGAUAUAUUCAAAGAAACUAAGCAGGUUUUGACGGGAAAAGCCCUACUUUAACUCAUUCCAUCACAUAAUUUUAAAGAAUAUAUUAUGGCCAACAGCUGAUCAGUGUCUUGCAAACUGCCGCAAAGUCUCUUAUUCACGGCGUUGCAGAGUUCCAGUUCCCUGCAUUUGCAUGAGGAGAAUUGGUUGCGAAUCACCAACAGCAACAUUUUUUCACAGCCUUUCAUUGCACCCAGUGGAAGUCAUGUUGCUUGGAAACAUUAAUGCAACUCAGUAUCACAAUCAAUGACAUCACUGCAACUACCUACCAAAGCCAACUCGUGUUUCUGCCUCGCUGCGCGAUCCACACACAUUCCACAACUUACACAAAGUUUGACAACAUUAUAAACUGUCGCCACAAGGAAUCAAAAUCCGAAAUAGAGUUUUAGCUUAAGGGGAAACUGCUUAUCUCAGUUAUUUAUCAACAGAGCAAUGACCUGCACUUGUGACCUGUGACCUGUGACGUGUGCACGUGUUCUGUACCUGCCAAAUUUAGGUUCUUUCUGCAGGUACUGUCAUCACAAAAGAAUCAAAGGAGCCAAACAAUAGAGUUCUCCUGAGGACUUAAGGUGAUUCCCUGGUUUUGCACUGCGCAUCUCUUACUGCGCAUAACAAGAUGGCCUCCGUAAAAAAGAGCAUGUGAAGAACAUUAUUAAAAUGAAGUUGACUGAAGAGAAAUGCUAUUGCAAUUUUUGUUUGGGGUUGUUUCUUGCCGAGGUGAGACUCAAUGUGGUGGGAAUGUGCAUAACAUAAGAGGUACGUGUGUUGCUGAGUUCGACUUCAUCACGGAGAACCUCGAUAGUGGAUGUUUAAUUUGUUCACUUUGAUUUUCAUUUAACGCUCUCUUUAUCACAUUGUGUCCUAAAUGUGAUAUCUCGAUGUAAAUUCUGUAAAAACGUAUUUUUUAAUACUUUCUUCCCCCUUUCGCAAACAUUCUAUUUUGAAACUCGCCCCAGUCCUCUCUCAAAAAUCAAGGAAAAUGCAUUUGGUGCGCACUUUCUGCAGCUCUACCGCAAAAACGAGUACGGUGACCCCCAUAUUUUAUUUCAUGAUUCUAAUAAGGACCGUGCUUCCUUUCGGUGCGAAAAAAUUGGCACAAAUCUAUGUUCAGUUUUUUGGUAAUUUUACUAAAUUGUACGGAUUGAGCUAUCACGUGUCGAAUAGCGCGUGUCCAAUUUAAUUCUACUUUGGAGCGUAAAGUAAAAACAAGGGAAUUAAAAGGCAUUUUUCUUGUACGUAAGUGGAUAAACAAUACAUUAAAGUCAAAUUCUGUGCGAUACCACAUGCAUCAUUGAAAAAAUCUUUCCUUUUUGUCUAGUUUUGGGCUGCGCGCGGUUUUUGUCAAAGGGUCCAAAAUAGCCGUAUUUGUCAGCAUUGUGACGUCAAAACGAGCACGGUGACCCCCACUUUUUAUUACCUUUUUAUCAUCUUCUUGACUUGUUACAUCAGUGUACCAAGUUUCAUCUACAAUCUAUGUUAGGUUCUUUUACUAGGGAAUCACCUUAAUUGUUUAGUUGUAUUGUUUCUUUUGUUGUGCGUAAUCUGUGCCUCGUGCCUCGGUACCCACAGAAGGAACCCAAAUUUAAUUCACGUUUCACUUUAAUUUAUAGCAGAUCUCCUGGACUUACUAUAAUACUUGAUGAUUUGAGCCAUAAGCUGAAUCCUUUAAUUACCAUUACCAAUAUAUUACCUGCUCAUAAGACCAUCAUUUUCUGCGAAAUAACCUUAAAUUUAAGCUUGAGCUUAAAUUAAGCCUAUUAAACAUACCUCACAAGACCCGUGCCAGAUUUUUCACGACUUCUGCCAUGCCUCUUGCAAGAAUUUUUAGGUCAUAAAUAAAGCCAAGUGUUGACGAGUAAGUUAAAGAACUGCUGAAGCUCAAAUCCGAGUUCCAGAAGUCCAAUUAUGUUACUUUAGAUCCAAUUCACUACAAACGUGGUCUGUGUGGUCAAUAAUACGUCGCCAUGAUAUUGGUUGCUUUUAGAACCCAGUCUCUCCAUUGGCGCGUGAGUCUCGCGCGCGAACUUUCGCAGUACUCGUUUCGCGUUUCUCGAGUACUCGUAAAACGCGUCCAAUUGAGUCAGGCCCCAGUCGUUCAAAAGGUGGAUAACGCUAUCCAUCGGACAAAUCUCUAUUCACUGGAUAACGCAAUUAGUUUCCUUAAUACUUAUCCACUCGAUAGUGAUUUAUCCGAUGAAUAACGCUAUCCAUCUUUUAAACAACCGGGGCCAGGAAAAUAAACAUUAACAGUAAUCGGCUCCUGACAUUCAUGGCUUGGUGUACGUGUACCAAUUGCCGUUACGUUUGUUAUAAUUGGGAUCGGAGAACGCAACUGGAUACCUUCUAACCUUUUCUAGUAAUGGGGUUGGUUCCAUGGAAAAAAUUGCCCAAUCGAGUACGACACACGUGCACAAUUUCGAUGAGAGUGCCGCGCAAACAAUAAACAAACAAAAUGGUGUUGGAAAUUAUCUUCAUAAGAGGUGAAUAAAUUCCAUUUUCUGUAAUUAUUUUAAGGAGAACCUUCAGCAGCGACGUUUUUGAAAGACGCAAGUCAACCGGAAGUGGACUUUUUGCACUCUUGAGCCGUGAGUUUGAACAAAGUUUGGGAAAAAUCGAUUCUUUAAGAGUAAAAACACUCACAUGUAGCAAUACAAAUUUAAUAGUGCCAAGGCAUAUUAAAAGAGAAAAAGGCUCACUUCUGGUUGAAGAGCGUCGCUAAAAAACGUCGCUGUUUAAACUUCCUCUUGACUCUGAAUGUGAGGACUGUGAAUGGGACUCCGAUUAUUGUAAUCACGAUCCCAGACCUCUCACGUCUCUGGACAUGUGCAGACGUUGUUCAGCUCUGUUGGUAAUCACCUGAGUGAGAUUGUUAUUGUUUUAGAUCGGUAUGAAUGACAUAGGGGCGUGAUUUUGGAAUCAAAAUUAAGGAAAUAUGGUGACGUUCAUCCCUAAGGGUUUGACAACCGGGUGUAAAAAGAGUACAAAGCAAGCACUUGAGUUAGGAGAAUUCUCUCUGCUGUCGUUUCAUACGGACAAGAUGGAAAUAAGCCCAGUUUCCCCAAAGCGCUUCUCUCUACUAUGUGCGCGCAUCUCGUUUUCCUUAUAGCUGUUUUCUGAAAAAUAAUGAAGGGUUUUUCUAUCCACUCCACCAUUAAUUACUGCGGCCUGGCACCUGAGGCUGAGCCCGGAAUACAAGGAGUUAAGAGUACUAGAUCUGGAGAGCGUGUUGAUUAAGAAACUUUCGGUUUGACUAAAGUCUUAUUUUCUCAUAAAACAGGCAAAUAUUGAGAAAGCACUUUCAUUUAAUUAAUGAGCAAUAUACGAUGUGUAUUUACAGACUGAAGUAAUAAAAAAUACUAGUAGGUAAAGGAAACAUCUGACUGAAAACAGGCAAACCAAUUUUCAUUCUUCUGACUACCAUAGCGACAAUUAGCUAGAGGCGAUUCUAUUUCAUAGAAACAGACCUUAUUCGCGAUUUCAACCACGAUACCCGUCACCUUUGCAAGCGCUCAUGGACUGAUGGGAUAACAGCAAUGUCACGUGGUAUUUCAGGGGGUAAACAAAAGAAAAAAAUUACCAAUAAGAAUAAAAGCCGUCGAGUUUGUUCAAUCUCUCAAGCCGAAACGAUGAUUUAAUAGUCAUGCAAAAUGCACGGUUCGAGUUUCGUCAAGUUUUACGUCAUUAUUGCUUGCUGUGAGGACAUCUACAGCUGCAGGUCACAAGUGUAGGUUAGAGUACCGGCCAACAUGCUACGGUAAAUAAACAACACUUAAAGUGUCUCCUAGCCCUUAUCACAAUCUGAAAUAGAGUUUUAGCUUAAGGGGAAACUACUUAUCUCCAUUAUUAAUCAACAGGACAGUGACCUGCACUUGUGACCUGUGACCUGUGUUCUGUACCUGCCACAUCUACGGUCGCUACUGCAUCCAAAAAAAUAACAAUGAUCAUUUCCACCCAUAAUUUGCCAUUAUCGUCUUUAAGAUGAAAAGUUAUACAUUUUCUGCUGCAUAGAAUAAAGAAACUCGACCGCGAUUUCUUGUAUUGGCAGACUUAAACUUGUUUGCCCCCCUGACAAACCACAUAACGUCGAUUUAAUCCCAUCAGUCCUUAAGCGCUUGCAAAGAUGGCGGGCAUCGUGAAUAAGGUCUACCAAAAAGGUAUGAAGGUUUUGAAUAUAAUGUAAUUUCAUUUUUUAAGUCUAUCAUUCUAAUUAGUCUAAUUUCGUAUAACUAAUCUAAUAUCUUUUAAUGUGAUAGUUCUUGUGUUAUUAUCCCCUGUCCAACUUAAAGGGGUUGUGUUACGACAGUUUAGUUCAUUUUUGACCGCGCAAGGCAUCGAAACAACUCGAGACAUGCAUGGAUAGAAUUAAAAUUAGAUGUACACGGUAGUAGUUACAGCAGUAUAUAUCUUAGGGUUGGCUUUAAGAAAAACAGCUGAAGUAUGAACAAUCGAGCGAAUUUUAUGUUACCACUGCUAGAAAACAUUUAUUUAUAACUUUUUGUUUUUUUCCGGAGAGGUGACUAAACAAGCCGUAAUGUUUAAUCGGCUAAACUCACUGUUCAACCAGUGUUAAUUCCAGUGAAAAACCAGACGUUCAUAAAAAGGAUUUUAACGAUUUCUAUCUAACAAUCACAACAAUUCUAAACUAUGUAAGGAACCAAUCAGAAUUCACAUGAAAUACAGCGCGGAAAAACGCGUGUAAAAAGUGACCAAUCCCGAAUGGUCGAGAAAGUAAUGCGGGACUUUCCGGCCAAUCGCAGUGCUUCUUUGGCGCGUCAAUCAAAAAAAAGAAAAAUAGAAUAUUUUUCGUCUGGCUGUCCUACCUAGUUCCCAGUGUUCCCUCUCUUGUCUCUCUCUCCCAUCUCUCUCGCGUUCGGAGGACGAGUAGAAGAAAAAUCUGGGAGCGAGGUUGCUGGCUGUCGUGUAAAGACGAAACUAACUCAACAUUCCUAACCAGUAACAGUAUUUGGAUGGAAUUCAAUGAACCGUACUGCAUGUUUCAGUGAAAUAAAAUAAACUCAGUGAAAAUUGAUAAAUUACCUGUUAGUCACUUAUUCUAAAUGUAAAGCUGGUCAUUUCAGUUAUAUAGCAGUAACAUGAACAGGGGCGGAUCCAGGAUCUAUUUUAGGAGGGGGUGCACUCGUCUCUUGCUCUACUUCAACACCAAUAAACCACAUAGUUUUUUUUUUUCGCAGAAUACCAGUUGUAUUAGAAAACCGCAGGUCAUCUCAGGGAGGGGGGGGGUGCGCACCCCCUGCACCCUCCCCCUAG